AUGAGAGCUGAACAGAACAGUUUUGGACAGGUUGUCGAUAGUUUCUAUGCUUUAGAACCAGCCUAUGUAGAGUACUAUAGAAUUGAGAUUGGGAAAAAGGCUUGGCUGGUUGUUAUCAUCCUUUUGAACAGCGGUGAGUGGGUAGGUCUUAAUCUUGCUGUUAAUCACGUCGAGUCCACCAUGAUGGCUGUGAAGUUGGUUCAAUUUUGCUUUUGGUCCAGUUUGCUAGUAUUAAAUGAUGAUGGAGACACUGAAGUUCGUUUUAUGUGUUCAUUUCAAUUUUGCUUUUUAGUUGCUUUCGGGAAGAAAGAGGCAAAGAAAAAUGCCGGGGACAACAAGAAGAUAACAUUUAACAGAUUUAUCUCUGCAGCACCUGGGACAACAAGAUAA